AAACAAACCAGACGCGAUGCUGAACGUGAUUAGUUCGUGCGGCCGCUGAGACUCACCAGGCCGGGCACUGCGCUCCCUCCGCCCGCUGCGGGAUGAGCGCCGCGCGGGCACUGUACGCCGGCGGGGCGGUCGCCGCCAUGGUCCUCGGCUACGGGCUGUUGCUGAUCAUGUCUCCCGGAGAGGAACGGCGCGUGAAGAGUCUGUCCCAAUCCAGCCCGGUGACGACGGAGGAGUCGAGGAGGAGGACGGCGCUGGUGAUGCAGGCGAUGAAGGACGCCGCCGCCACCAACGACAACCUGGCGACGGGCCGCGGAGUCGCCGCCAAAUAGCUCCGCGCCCCGAACGAUGGCGACGCCUUCGAAUGAGGACGAGACGUUAGGGGUUUGAUUUGUGUGGAGACAAAAUGAGAUGUAGAAACUGUUUAUUAAAAGUCUUCCAAAGACAA